AUGAAAAACGGCUCAAUAAAAUCGCUCCCGAGGAAAAUUUUUGAAAAGACCAAAGUAGGAGUUGCCUUCAAGUAUAUGGCAGCUGGUAAACAUAUAGGGAAGAUCCUGAUAAAGAUACACGACGAAAACAAACCAUUAGAUCUUCCUAUUCUCGCUUAUCCACGAUAUUUCUGCAAGUAUCACAUGUCUUAUAUCAUUUUGGGCGGCUUAGGUGGCUUCGGUUUAGAAUUAGCCGAUUGGCUGAUUCUUCGCGGAGCAAAGAAUCUUCUUCUGACUUCACGGACCGGAUUGCGAAACGGUUACCAGCGCUCAAGAAUAGAACUAUGGAAAUCUCACGGGGCAAAUGUGCAAAUUAUCGCGGGUGCUGAUGCGUCUGAUCACAAGGAUUGCGCAUUCAUCUUAAAUUCUGCCGCUGAAAUGGGACCGGUGGACGCUAUAUUUAACCUUGCUGUGGUGUUGAAAGAUUCUCUCUUUAAGAAUCAAACCGCUGAAUCCUUUGAAGUAUCAUUCAAGCCGAAAGCAAUGGCGACGAAGACGAUGGACGAACUGUCCAGAAAGAUGUGCCCUAAUCUGCAGCACUUUGUCGUCUUCUCGUCCUUCUCGUGCGGUCGAGGAGCUGCCGGAAUAACCAAUUAUGGGAUGGCCAAUUCUAUCAUGGAGAGGAUAUGUGAAAGGAGAGUACAAGACGGAUUACCUGGAAUGGCUAUUCAAUGGGGUUCGGUGGACGAAGUGGGCAUCAUGUCCGAUAUGCAGACGGAUAAGGAACAAAACUUCACUGGUAUUUUGAAACAAAAAAUACAGUCAUGCUUGCAGUCGCUAGAUACUUUCAUGGUUCUAAAUCGGACGAUCGUGAGCAGUAUAGUUAUAGCUGAGAAAUAUGCGGAACUGGAUGGAAUGAUGAAUAUUUUGGACACCGUAACUAGUAUCAUGGGAGUGAAAGACAUGAAAAUGGUCGGACUUCGCACUCCAUUAUCAGAAAUAGGUAUGGAUUCGAUGAUGGCGGUGGAGAUCCAACAAACGUUAGAACGAAAAUUCGAUAUUAACUUUACGACGCAAGAUAUUCAAAAUCUCACUUUCGAGAAACUCCGCAAUAUAGUCGACAAAGACAAAUGUUCCGAGCAGACCAAGAUACUUGAUUUGGCAUGUGUCAAAUUUAUGAUUCAUUUAGUGAGCAAUUUAGACAUCGUUUCAGAUAUUUGCUUGGAGAUGACAACGAGAAAUGAGGCAGGCAAAAAGCAAAUAUUUCUUCUACCAGGAAUCGAAGGUUGCGGGAGCGUAUUUAAUUCGUUAGCUUCCAAAAUUAAAGUUCUCGUAACAUGCUUGCAGCACGGAGCAAACAACAUCCCCAUGUGCGAAUCUGUGCUGCAGUCGGCUGCCACUCUGUUAUCUGUACGUAUUGAUAUAAUAGGGAAGUUAUCUGUUCCAUAUUUCAGUGACCGUAUUCCACUCGAUUAG